UUUCUUGUGAUUUUGUAGUGUGUGGAUUGGCGUGCGACGGACGGAGUUGGCAACUAAAACGACGACGACGACGACGUUUUGGCCAAGGAUACGGACAUCGUCGCAACGGCGAUGUCACCGACCGGACAAAUAGCAAAGACGUCCACGCCACACGACAACGAUAACACAAGCAUCAACGAUCAGCGUGAAACAUGGAGCGGCAAGGUGGAUUUUUUAUUAUCGGUUAUUGGAUUCGCCGUCGAUUUAGCAAACGUCUGGAGAUUUCCCUAUUUGUGCUACAAAAAUGGCGGUGGCGCUUUUCUUGUGCCCUACUGCAUUAUGUUGGUGGUGGGCGGCAUACCUCUAUUCUAUAUGGAGUUGGCGCUGGGUCAGCACAAUCGUAAGGGAGCCAUCACCUGUUGGGGUCGCUUAGUGCCGCUCUUUAAGGGCAUUGGCUAUGCUGUAGUGCUGAUAGCCUUCUAUGUGGACUUUUAUUACAAUGUGAUCAUUGCGUGGUCGCUGCGUUUCUUCUUUGCCUCCUUCACUAAUGUGUUGCCGUGGACGUCGUGCAACAAUCCUUGGAAUACGCCCAACUGCAAGCCGUUUGAGGGUCAAAAUACGCGUCCAGUGGUUGGCAAUCUGAGUGAUUUCUAUGCGUUUAGCAAUCAGAGUUUGUUUCUGGCCAACGAGACGUAUGCGAAUGUAACAUUUGCCAGCAUUGCGCCCGCUGUGCCCGUCGAGCGAUUUCAAUCGGCUGCCUCUGAAUACUUCAAUCGCUAUAUACUUGAGCUGAAUCAGAGCGAGGGACUGCACGAUCUGGGUCACAUACGCUGGGACAUGGCGUUGUGCCUGCUCAUGGUCUAUCUGAUAUGCUACUUCUCGCUGUGGAAGGGCAUUAGCACCUCGGGCAAAGUGGUUUGGUUCACCGCCCUCUUCCCAUAUGCCGUGCUGCUGAUAUUACUCAUACGCGGCAUUACACUGCCCGGCUCGGCGAUGGGCAUACAGUAUUAUUUGAGUCCCAAUUUCGAUGCCAUCUACAAGGCGGAAGUGUGGGUCGAUGCGGCCACACAGGUGUUCUUCUCCUUGGGUCCAGGCUUUGGUGUGCUGCUGGCCUACGCGUCGUAUAAUAAAUAUCACAACAAUGUCUACAAAGAUGCGCUGCUCACCAGUUUCAUCAACUCGGCCACGAGUUUUGUGGCUGGCUUUGUGAUAUUCUCGGUGCUGGGCUACAUGGCGCACACAUCUGGGGUGCGGAUUGAGGAUGUGGCCACUGAGGGACCUGGCUUGGUGUUUGUUGUGUAUCCAGCUGCAAUUGCCACUAUGCCGGGUAGCAUCUUCUGGGCACUGAUCUUCUUUAUGAUGCUGCUUACACUGGGAUUGGACAGCUCGUUUGGUGGCUCGGAGGCCAUUAUCACAGCGUUGAGUGAUGAGUUCCCUAAGAUACGCAAGAACCGCGAACUCUUUGUCGCUGGACUGUUUUCCUUGUACUUCGUGGUUGGCCUCGCCAGCUGCACUCAAGGUGGCUUCUACUUCUUCCAUCUGCUGGAUCGAUAUGCCGCAGGCUACUCCAUAUUGAUUGCUGUGUUCUUCGAGGCCAUUGCCGUGUCGUGGAUCUAUGGCACGAAGCGUUUCAGCGAUGAUAUACGCGAUAUGAUUGGCUUUCCCCCGGGCAGAUAUUGGCAGGUUUGCUGGCGAUUUGUGGCGCCCAUUUUUCUGCUCUUCAUCACGGUCUAUGGGCUGCUCGGCUAUGAGCCGUUGACGUAUGCGGAUUACGUGUAUCCCGACUGGGCGAAUGCCUUGGGCUGGAGCAUAGCUGGCUCCUCGGUCAUCAUGAUACCCGCAGUGGCCAUUUACAAGCUGAUUGUGACACCCGGCAGCCUGAGGCAGCGUUUAAGGACGCUCACAACUCCGUGGCGAGAUCAGCAGCUGGCCGUGAAUGGUGUGACCACCGAGGUGACGGUGACGUUGGUGCGUCUGGCGGAUGCUGAGGCGAAUGAGGCGGCCGAUGUUUGAGUUCGACCGAUUGCACGUUUUCAGAUCUAUUACGUAUAGGUUUGAGUGGUGGGAAAUUUACCAACAACUUCAACUUCAACUUGAGUGAGGGUUUAACAUUAACAUUGAGUUAUCAGUUAUCAGUUUUAGCUUAGCACUUACGACACAUUCGGAUCUAGCUAAACUAAUGCAAAUUUCGCAUACAACGUACUUACACUUAGGUUUCGAUGCCAAAAUAUAAAUCAAAUGUUGUAGCUGAAAACCAUAAGUUUACAGUUUUAAGACUAGCCAGUAGUUUCAUAAUGCCAAAAUACACAUACAUACAUAAAUACAUAACUUAUAACUAUACGAUACGAGUUUAUACCCCAAAAAAUAUAAUUACAAAUAUUAUUAACGUUUACAUACAAGAUGAAGAAGUAUGUAGAAUUAUUGAAAACGCUGUGUAGAUAAUACAGAAAUAUUUAAGCAACAAUUUGUAAUUGGUACGAAGCCAACAUUGAGCAUAUGCAAAAUGGAAUUUAAGGUAACUCUCGAGAUCCUUGCUUCGAGGUCUGCAUGAGUUUGUAUAUGUACAUACACCUACACAUACAUACAUACGUACAUAGCUUUAUUAUAUAGUGUCAGCGUAGCGGAAGCUUUAACCAGAAAUGUGUUAUGUAUAUAAGGCUAAUAACCCAAAUACAAAUUGAGCUAAUGUUAUCAUUAUCCCUGCCAUAGAAGUAGUUACCGACUUUGGGCAAAUUCUUUUUCACACAGCCAUAAAAAGAGUUUGCCAAGUCGCAUGAUUCAUUUAAUUAAUCAAUUGUUGCUUCAAAAAAGCAUUCACAAAAUGUAUAUUAAGUUAUAGGUGUUAUCGUUAAGUGAGCAUAGCAAAGUUGCCAGCCAUCAACUUUGCUGCAAUGUUAUUUAAAUCAUAAUUAUUAUCAAUCAUUAUAUUGUUUACAAAGGUGAUUUUCAAUGCAUUUUCACGCAGCCAUGUGAAAAUGCAAUGUGAUGAACAAAUAAUCAUAUUUAAAUUAUUUAUACUCAACUGUUUUUUAUGUUU